AUGGUUGUCAAAGUGCCUGUGAUUGCUGACUUUCAACUUCAUGGUCUCGCUGCCUUGCAUUUUUCAAAGAAAUCGGCGUUCUUUGAGCUGCAUGUGGAUUUUCUUUCUGCUGGUGGAUGUAGUUCCUCUACAUUCAGCGACGUCGACAACAAUUCAGAACUGAUUAGGGCAGAUAGAGAUAGUUAUGAAACUGAUGGAAAAGAAAUUGUUAAACCUCUUCUGUCCGAUGGGUGGGAGAAUGUUUUUGAUGAUCCUAACAAGCUUUUUCGUGUGGUGUUGAUGCUGUUCGGUUGGCCUGUCAAAAUUGCUAUUGAUUCUACUUGCGAUGUUUUUAGGAUAAAAAAGUAUGUUGGGAGGCACACUUGUGGAGCUGGUGUGAAGUUGAGAAGUCCUAAAGUAUCGAAGAAGCUGUUUAACGAUGCAACUCAGACAUUUGAAAGGUUAUUCAUCGCAAUAGGCGCUUGUAUUGAAGGUUAUAGACUUUGUCGACCAAUGAUUUUUGUUGAUGCAACUUUUCUGACCGGGAGAUUUAGAGGUACCCUUAUGGCUGCUACUUGUCUGAAUGGGAAUCAAGGUUUUUAUCCGCUAGCCUUUGGAUUGGUCCCAGGAGAGGAUGUUGACAAUUGGGAUUGGUUUAUGUGCAAUCUUAGCAACAUUGUUGAUGACCGUCCUAUCACCUUUAUGUCUGAUCGUCAUGAAGGAUUGUUGAGGGCUAUUCCUAAACACUUUCCUACUUCCCAUCAUGGCUAUUGUUACUACCACUUGCAAGGAAACUUACCAAUCAGGAAAUCGGACGAGAAGUACAAAGAAGUUAUGGCUUGUUUCAAAAAAGCAACUUAUGCUCUCACACCAGCAAGAUAUGAAGAAGCACUAAUGGAAAUGGAGUUAAUGGGAAGGCCUGGGGUUGCUGAGUAUUGCCGCAAUAUGCCUAGGGAACAUUGGUCCAGCGCGUUCUUCACUGGCUGUAGAUUUGGUCAGACUACAUCAAGCGUUGCUGAGUCCUUCAAUAAUUGGAUUCGGAAAGACAAGAGGUUGCCUGCCUGCGCCCUCGUUGACAUGAUCAGGUUACGCGUUAUGGAGUUGAUGAAUGAACGUCGCGAAAUGAGUCUUUUGAUGGACCCAGAGAAGCUCACUCCUACCUACGAGGCGUUACUUAAAGAACAUAUUCAAAUUGGUCGAGUUUGGAAUGUUACUCAGUCAUCUGCGUAUGAGUAUGAGAUUCAUUCGCCUAGGUCUCACACUGUUGAUCUGCUGAACAAGACUUGCACCUGCCAAAGAUGGCGUGUUUAUGGUUUUCCAUGCUCUCAUGCUACAGCAGCUAUAUCUGCCAAGGGUGAUCGAUACGUAGAUUAUAUCGAAGACUACUUCAAAGUUACAAAUUUUCAGCAGCUGUAUUCAAUUGCUAUCAGACCAAUCCCCAACUACAACAGGCCAGAGCAGUAUCUGCCAGAGGAUACUAUUUUUCCACCCCAUCCACGAGUUCCACCAGGUAGGCCAAAGGGAAAUCGUAUCAAGAAUGCAUGGGAGAAAGCUAGGAAGUCCGUCCGUUGUUCCAACUGUAAGAAGAAAACUCACCACAACAAGGCAACGUGCACUGUCAUUCCUUCAUACCCAUGA